CUUUCUUCUUAGGGUCUCUUUGAAAAAUUGAUUUAUUGUUUAUAAAAUAGAAACUGCGAGAUUGGUGAAGAUGGCUGCGAAAGGUCAGCCUAGUAGUAGCACAGUUUGUAGUACACCAGCUUCAGAAGAAGAAGAACUCGAGGAACACUUCGUGUUGCGGCUCCCUUUGGAAGAAGCAGAGAAAUUGAGAGAGCUCCUUCAAACGAAGCCAGAAGAGUUAACGAGAAAACUCAAGAUAGACCUAAACGUCGAAACAGGAACUGGCUUUGUAUUCUUUGAAAACAAAAAGUUUUAUGCAUACCUCAAAACACUGCCCACAAUUAUGGAAUCUUACAGAAAAGACAGAACCAGUGACUCUAUUUUUUUCAAAACUGCAGAUGUCGGCUCUGUUCUAGAGUGUUACGCAGAGCCACUGGAACGUUAUACCAAGGAAUCUCUCCAUGGAUAUACUCCUCCUUUGAAGAAUGUCAAAAAGAAUAGAUUCAGGAAAAUAUUGGCCAACGAAAACAAGGAUAACAUAAUGAUCCAGAAGGAAUUGCUCUACUUACUACGUAGUGAUUAUAAAGCUGUUUCCAGUAGAUUUGAACUGGUUGAAGAUCAAGUUCGUAUAGAUCCGACAGAGGAGAUGAUUUUUGGACAUUUUUCCUCAAGUUCCUCAAGUGAGGAAGAAAUCGAGGAGAAAAAAAAGGAUGAAAGCAAGAAGAAAAGCGAGGAAGAAACCGAGGACGGAACCGCGCAGGAAACCCGGAAGGAAAUCGAGGAGAAAGUGGAGGAGAAAACCUGGGAAGACAUACAGGAAGAAAUCGAGGAUAAAAUGGAAGUGGAAGUCGAAAGGAAAAUGGAAGAGGAAAUAGAGGAGAAGGUGAAGGAGAAAACCUGGGAAGAAAUUGCCGAGGAAAUGAAGGAGAAAGUAGAGGAGAAAACUUGGGGAGAAAUACAGGAGGAAAUCGAGGAGAAAAUAGAGGUGGGAUUCGAAAGGAAAAUGGAGGAGGAAAUAGAGGAUGGGGAAACCGAGAAGGAACUCGCGGGGGAAAUCAAGGAGGAACUCAAGGAGGUGAUGAAGAAGGAAACCUGGGAAGAAAUUGUCGAGGAAAUCAAGAAGAAAACCUGGGAAGAAAUUCAGGAAAAAAUCGAGGAGAAAAUAGAGGGGGAAUUCGAAAGGAAAAUGGAUGUGGAAAUGGAGGAUGGGAAAACCGAGAAGGAAAUCGAGGGGGAAAUCAAGGAGGAACUCGAGGAGGUAAUGAACAAGAAAACCUGGGAAGAAAUUGUCGAGGGAAUCAAGGAGAAAACUUGGGAAGAAAUUCAGGAAAAAAUCGAGGAGAAAAUAGAGGGGGGAUUCGAAAGGGAAAUGGAUGUGGAAAUGGAGGAUGGGGAAACCGAGAAGGAAAUCGAGGGGGAAAUCAAGGAGGAACUCGAGGAGGUAAUGAAGAAGAAAACCUGGGAAGAAAUUGUCGAGGGAAUCAAGGAGAAAACUUGGGAAGAAAUUCAGGAAAAAAUCGAGGAGAAAAUAGAGGGGGAAUUCGAAAGGGAUAUGGAUGUGGAAAUGAAGGAUGGGGAAACCGAGAAGGAAAUCGAGGGGGAAAUCAAGGAGGAACUCGAGGAGGUAAUGAAGAAGAAAACCUGGGGAGAAAUUGUAGAGGAAAUCAAGGAGAAAGUGGAUGAGAAAACCUGGGAAGAAAUUCAGGAGGAAAUCGAGGGGAAAAUAGAGAGGCAAUUUGAAAGGAAAAUGGAGGAGGAAAUUGAGGGUGGGGAAACCGAGGGGGAACUCGAGGAGGUAAUGAAGAAGAAAACCUGGGAAGAGAUUGUCGAGGAAAUCAAAGAGAAAGUCAAGGAGAAAACCUGGGAAGAAAUUCAGGAGGAAAUCGAGGAGAAUAUAGAGGGGGAAUUCGAAAAGAAAAUGGAGGAAGAAAUAAGGGAAGGGAAAAUCGAGGAGGAACUCGAGGAGGUUAUGAAGAAGAAAACCUGGGAAGAAAUUGUCGAGGAAAUCAAAGAGAAAGUCAAGGAGAAAACCUGGGAAGAAAUUCAGGAGGAAAUCGAGGAGAAAAUAGAGGGGGAAUUCGAAAGGAAAAUGGAGGAGGAAAUUAAGGAUGGGAAAACCGAGGAGAAAAUUGAGGAGGAACUCGGGGAGGUAAUGAAGAAGAAAACCUGGGAAGAAAUUGUCGAGGAAAUCAAGGAGAAAGAAGAGGAGAAAACCUGGGAAGAAAUUCAGGAGAAAAUCGAGGAGAAAAUAGAGGGGGAAUUCGAAAGGAAAAUGGAGGAGGAAAUUGAGGAUGGGGAAACCGAGGAGGAAAUCAAGGGAGAACUCGGGGAGGUAAUGAAGAAGAAAACCUGGAAAGAAAUUGUCGAGGAAAUCAAGGAGAAAGUUGAGGAGAACACCUGGGAAGAAAUUCGGGAAGAAAUCGAAGAGAAAAUACAGGAGGAAUUCGAAAGGAAAAUGAAGGAGGAAAUAGAGGAUCAGGACACCAAUGAGGAAAUCGAGGAGAAACUCGAGGACGUAAUGGAGAAGAAAACUUGGGAAGACAAUGCCGAGGAAAUCAAGAAAAAAGUGGAGGAGAACACCUGGGAUGAAAUUCAGGAGGAAAUCGAGGGAAAAAUAGAGGGGGAAAUCCAAAAGGAAAUAGAGAAUGGGAAAAUCGAGGAGGGAAUGGAAGGGGAAAUCAAGACGGAACUCGGAGAGGCAAUCAAGGAGAAAAUAGACGAUAAGGAAACCGACGGGGAAAUUGAGGAAAAAAUCUUGGAGAAAAAAAGGCAGGGAAUCAAGGACGAAAUGAUAAAGAAAAUGGAGGAGAAGAUAGAAGAUGAGGAAACCGUGGAAGAAAUGGAGGAGGAAAUAGAUGAGAAAAUUGAGGAUGAGAUGGGAGUCGUAAUGGAAAUUGAUAAGGGUAGCGAAGGGAUAGAGGCUGGAAACUGAAUAAUCCUUGGUCAAUCUGCCAAUGAGAUUUUCCGCCACACAGGCAAUACUUAAAGUAAUAAUUAGUAAAUGUUUAAUGUUUUCAUAAAAUAGUUUUUAAUAAAAGAAAAAGUUAAAAUUACUCUUGGUGUUCUUUUUUUUUCUUCAAUAUUCUUAUGGAUUCCGCGACCACCGAUAUUCAGUCGAAAAUAAUAACAACUUCUAUUGAAUAUAAAUGACUUUAUAAAAAUUCACCGAUCACUUAUCGAAACGUACACAAAUUAUAGAUACACAACAAUCUCGUCAAACUGGCUUGUAUUGGUAAUACGCUCUAUUCAUAGUCGACAGGGUACCCG